AUGCUCAACAAACUGGAUUGCGAGGAGAUCAAGGUGCUCGGGGACGUGCCUAGUCCCAAGUUCGGGCACUCUUUCACCAUGGUCUCUGACACCAAGGGGGUCCUCUUUGGAGGCGCCAUUGGGGAUUCCGGCAAGUUUGUUAUCACCAACGACACUUUUCUGUUCGAUUUCACGCUCUCUCGGUGGAAGCGCGUCAACUCGAAAGGAGAGGUGCCGGCCUCCCGGGCGGCCCAUGCCACUGCGGGCAUCCGGAAGGACGAAAUGAUACUCUAUGGAGGAGCAGCCAGCGGCACGGGCGGAGGGCUAUCUGACGACGAACUCUACCUACUCGAGAUCGAGGACCGCAAAGAUGUGGUCGGCAGGUGGAAAGUCCUGCCUGUCUAAAGCGGCAAGGACGGUCGCCGGACUCCCGGCAAGCGAUACGGCCAUGCGAUGGUCUACAAUAAACCCUUCGUGGUGGUCAUCGGGGGCAACGUAGGUAGCGCUGCCCCUGACAUGAGUUCCGUGGUCUGUGACGUGUGGAUGCUGAACCUGGAAGGGCCCACCCGCUGGGAGCAAGUGCAUUUCAAAGGCGAGAUGCCUGCCCCGCGAGUGUAUCACACGGCCUCCCUGUGCCAGCACGAGAAGACUGCCGGCAUGAUUGUGGUGUUCGGGGGGAGGAUGGACGAGACCUGGAGGGACGAGAAGACUGGGGCGAUCAAGAAACAGCAGAAACCGUUGAAUGACUGUUGGGGGCUGAGGCGGCAUAGGACGGGACUGGUGGACUGGGUGAAGGCGCCCUUGACUACCACUGCGCAACCGCUGUUCAGGUUCCAACACGAGGCGCAAUUCGUCGGUCCGUACAUGUUCGUGGUCGGCGGCAGGACCAACGGCACUCCGAUCCCCAGCGAGGGCCUUUACGAGGACUCGACCUCCGUGGUGGACGUCUACGACAUCGAGAACCUGCAGUGGCUGCGCUUCGAUGGGAUCUACAGGUACCGGCAUGCCAUGGUGGCAGUCAACUCAUACCUGUUCGUGCAUGGAGGGUUCAACCCGAUGCACCCGAGCCAGCCGCUCAACUCCCUGCAUAAGAUCGAUGUGCGGAAGGUGAUGGGGUUGGCCAAGCCUGUCUCUGCGGAAGGCAUGCCUGCAGUGCCAUCCCCGGUCGGCCCUGCUCCACUGCAUCCCACCGCGCAUACUCCGUCUACGCAGUAUGAUGAUCCUUCCGCCUCGAGCUACACGAUGUCCAGCCAGAGCAGGAUCUCAAGGGUGGACGGGCGUGCCUCGGUCAUGCGAGAGACCACGCCCAGUAGGUCGGCCAAGUCCGCCCGCAAUAUCAAGCUGUCGAACAAUGUGGUCGUGGCCACCACCGUUACCGUGCAGGGCAAGAACACCCUUCAGAUCCAGCAGGUGCCGGUCUCCGCGCUCCAGGAGGAAUCCAAAAAGCUGAUCGCGGAGCCUUGCAUCGGCUACAAUUUAAAGCAGUCGGGGAUUGCUGACCAUUUCUUGAGCACCCUCCUGGCACCGGGCAAGGUGGGGAGCACCGGGCCUUUCCCUUUCAAGAGAGAGAUGAUCCUGCGGCUGUGUGAGGAGGCGGGCAAGCUGGCGGCCAGCCAGCCCAGCCUCCUGCGCCUCCGCCAGCCUAUAAAGAUCUUCGGCAGUUUGUACGGCCGAUACCCUGACCUGCUGAAGUUCUUCGACAAUUUCGGGGUCCCAGAAGGCCUCGAGCUUGAGAGCUACGACUACCUGUUCCUGGGCAACUACGUCAACAAAGGCAUCCACGGGCUAUAAACAAUUUGCACCCUGCUCUCCCUGUACAUCCGUUCCCCGGAGCAGAUUUUCCUGGUCCGAGGCGGGCUGGACGAUGCCCGCGCAGGACGCGUAUUCGGGUUCGGAGAGGAAUGCGCUCAAAGGCUGAACGAAAACAUCACGGCUCCGAAUUCGGUGUUCAGGGCGGUCUGUGACGUGUUUGAGGCGUUGCCGUUAGCCGCGGUUGUGGACGACCGCAUUUUCUGUGUGCAUGGGGGGAUCGGCCGAGAGAUCAGGCAUCUUGCCGCGAUAGAGGAUGUAGCGAGACCUGUCGCCCUUGCGAAAAAGGAGAGAGUCCUCUGCGACUUGCUUUGGAGUGACCCCGGAGAAGGCCCCUUCGAGGCAGACCACGACCCUUUGAGCCUCACCCCCUCCAAAUUCUCAUAGAAGGAGCUGCGGACGUUCCUAUACGAGAACGAGUUGGACAUCGUGCUGCGGGCCAAGGACGUGCCGAGCGGAGGGUUCGAAGUGAACAGCAGCAACGAGCUGGCGUGCAUCAGCUCAUGCACGAACUUCGGGGGGCGGUGGGGCAAUGCGGGCUGCUGCUUGAAGAUCACGAAGAAUAGCGAGUUCGUGCCGCUAGUGGUUUCGGGGCAGAAGGAGGACAAGCUGUGGAUCGGGGAGCGCAGCAGCCUGCCCCUGAACGAGGAGGAGCAGCUGAUGCGGGCGCGAGCCUUCCAGCGCAAGUAA